AUGAAGUACCUCAAAGCGACGGGGAAGCGAUUUCAUACCAUUCCUCCUUCAUUAUUCAUGAACAAAAUCACACGGAACGGGAAUCACGCACUUACUGGUGGAGGGUUCGCUGAUAUCUACAAGGGAACUUCCGGGGACAUGAGUGUGUGCUUAAAGGUUUUACGAGUACAUCUGGCGGAAACUGAGGAGAAGAAACGAAGGAUAAUCGCGGACUUCUGUCAAGAGGCCUUGAUAUGGACUCAACUCCGACAUCCAAACAUUCUUCCUCUUCUAGGCGUGAACACAGAACUAUUUCCCUCUGGUUUUUGCCUCGUCUCUCCGUGGAUGGGAAACGGAGACAUCGUGUCGUUUUUGAAAUUGAAUCCCAAUCAUGACAAGCUGCAACCAAUAUGCGAAAUCAUGGCUGGUCUGGAGUACCUUCAUACCCUGCCACCCCCGAUAGUGCACGGUGAUAUCAAAGGCCCAUAA